ACUGAAGUCCGUAUACUAACACAUCAAUAACCAUGGCUCUUGCUUAUAUUUUAUUAGGUCUAUCAACAGUGGCCUAUUUGUUGUACCUUUAUUUCACUCGUACGUUCAACUACUGGAAGGACCGGAGUGUCCCGGGGCCUGCGCCCGUGCCUCUGUUCGGAAACAUGAUGGAGUCCGCACUACGUCGCACGCACGCAUCAUUCGUCAUGGCGAAAAUCUAUCACGACUUCCCAGACGAAAAAGUAGUCGGAGUCUACAGAAUGACGUCACCGUGCCUCCUCAUCCGGGACCCUGACAUUGUAAAGCAUAUCAUGAUCAAAGAUUUUGAUAACUUCGUGGACCGUGGCGUACAUUUCAGCGAUGACAAAAUGGGUAAUAACCUUUUCCAUGCUGAUGCGAAGACGUGGAGAAUAUUGAGGAACAAAUUCACGCCACUGUUCACUUCAGGGAAGUUGAAAAAUAUGUUGUGUUUGUUGCAUCAGUGUAGUGACAAGGUUAUGAAGCACGUUGAGGAAUCAGUCCGGAUUGAACCUGAACAAGAGGUUUACGAACUCAUGGGCAACUUUACCAUGGGGUCUAUAGCAGCUUGCGCGUUUGGUCUAGAUCUGGAUCCGACGGAAAAGACUGCAACCAUGGAAGCCUUAAAGAAUAUAAAUCAUAAAUUAUUAGGUCUCACCCACGCCUAUGAACUAAUCUUAAUGUACCCUGAAAUAUUUAUUAAAUUUGGUGUUUCGGUUUUUCCUGAUGAGCUUGCAAACUUUUUUAAAGGUCUCGUUGCUCAAGUAACUGCUGCGAGAAACGGGGUACCGACAAACAGAAAAGAUUUCAUGGAUUUGCUUUUAGAGAUGAAACAAGCGAAUACAGUGCAGGGUAACAAAAGAUUGGAAGGUAAGGAGGCGGACACUCUAGAAAUAACGGAUGAUUUGAUAGUUGCUCAGGCUUUUGUGAUUUAUGCUGGAGGUUACGAAACAUCCGCGACCACAUUGGCGUACAUGCUUUACCGUCUCGCUUUGAACCCGGAGAUUCAGGAGAAAGUGGCUGCUGAAAUUGACGAAGUCUUCGAGCGUCACGGCGGUGAAAUAACUUAUGAAGCGCUGAAGGACUUAACAUAUAUGGAUAAAGUUUUCCAUGAGACUCUUCGCUUGCACACGGUUGGAGACUCUCUUCUUAGGGUCUCCGCUGAAGACUACAAAGUCCCAGGAACUAAUGUAACUCUUCGAAAAGGUCAGACGGCUGUUAUUCCUAAUAUUGGGAUUCACUAUGAUGAAAAGUAUUGGCCUGAUCCGUUUAAAUUCGAUCCUGAGAGGUUCAGUUUAGAAAACGUGGCUAAACGGAAUCCAGCAGUGUUUCUUCCAUUCGGCAUUGGGCCAAGGAACUGUAUAGGGGUGAGGUUCGCGAAGAUGCAGAUCCGGCUGAUGAUGGCGAGGCUGCUGAGCCAGUUUAGAGUGGAGGCCACGGAGAACACGACGCGCGAGUUCCGGUACAAUACGUACUACCUUGUUGCGUUUCCCAUUGGAGGGAUCAGAAUGAAGUUUGUGCCGAGGCAUUGAAAUCAACUUUUUGACCGACUCAAAUCAGUACGCAGAUCUUAAACUUUGUGAAAUUACACCCUUAGAUUAGAUAUUGAAUUUUAAUAAUACUGCUGUAGCACUGUAUGCUGUAUAUUUAUUGGGUAUUAAAACAUUAACCUACCUGUAAGAUCCCAUAAACUGAAACUUUUUUCCAUAGAAGUUUGAUUUUUUUAUAACUUUUGAGACGUUUUGAGAGAGACACUACACAUGUCGGUCAAAAAGUUGAUUCGCCCAUUUAUGAAAUAAUCAAUAUUAUUUAAGGUCAACCGACCGUCUCGUCUGCUAACGAAUUUAGCGUUCGUAAAAUUAUAUGUAUGGGAAUCGGGAAUGUUCCAUAGACUUCUGCUGCGUGACAUUGCUCCGUCUGUUAACUGUGGUUGAUGCAACUGGUCCUUAGUAAUUAAAUGUUAUUGGCAAGGCAACUGGCUGGCGCUACCUUAUUUAUUUGAAAUAUGUCAGUUUUUACCCCACUACGGCUACGCAAAAGGAGGGUUAUGAUUUUGACCGGUAUGUAUGUGGGUAUAUAUGUAUGUAUGUUUGUAUGUAUGUAUGUUCAUCUGUUCCUUCAUAAUGUAUAAAGUACUCAUUAGAAUUUGACAAACGAUAUGUCAUUCGAAUCUUCUUAAUCGUUCGCUGGUUAUAGGCUAUAUAACGUCACCGCAAACGAAACAUGGCGCCCUCUAGAGGUCAUAAAGUAACGAGCCAAAAAAAUUAAAUGAAGUUAGGAUGACAUGUUGUAUAUCAUUUGAACGAGCUUAAUUAGCACAUUUCAAAUAUGUACAUAUUGUUAGCUUUUAUUCCAAGUUUUACUUGAUUACUUCAGAUAACUCCGGAAAAAUUGACUAUUUGCAAAUCCGCAAGCGCUCUCCUAACGCACGCGGUCCUAAGCCGGGCGCCUUCGGCGCCCUCUAACUUAAAGUGUCGGGCGAAGUCCGACGCUCUCGGUCCUAAGCCGGGUGCUUUAGGUGCCGUCUAAUUUAAAGUGUCGCACGCAGUCUUAAGGUAGGCGCCUUCGGCACCCUUUAACUUAAAGUGUCGGGCGAAGCAUGCACUUACUAUUAUUAUUAUACUUGCAGAGAUUCAGAAGAUAUAGCCAUGGUCGUAUGCCACUUAUGUACUUACCUUAAAGUUUAUAAUUGUGGCAUACGACCACGGUUAUCUUCGGAAUCCCUGCAAGUAUUUAUAAAAUUUACAAACUUAUUAUAACAUUGAAUUUAUGUAUUGUAAAGAUUAAUACACAUCUGUGAAUUUCAUGCAUGAUAAUUCCAUAAUAUAAUUUGUGGCAUACAAUAAAUACUUUUCAGUACAGAUGGUGUUUUUUACGCACUAGUGCGAGAAGUGGUUCAUUAUAUGCCAGGUCGAAACUUCGGAGGGCCAUCUGUACUGAAAAACGUCGUACGACACACG